AUGACAGAGCCACACUAUCCUAAGCAGGAGUACUUUCUCUCGGCAGAAGAACAACACAAAAUUGAAAACGCCACGACAGAGGAGGAGCAAUCGUUGCUUCUGCGACAAGUGGCCCGCAAUCUUCAUGUGCAAAAUCGCACGAUUGGCGGCUCCUAUCGAUACUGUCAUAUAACAAAGUGCAUCAAGCCAGACCGAGCGCAUUAUUGUUCAGUGACGAAAAAAGUUGUAUUAAAAAUGGACCAUUACUGUCCGUGGGUUAACAAUUGCGUCAGUUGGUCCAACUACAAGUUCUUCAUGCUCUUCCUCUUUUACGCACUGACGUAUUGUUUAUUCGUCUGCACUACUUCAUUCAAGUACUCACUGCUCUUCUGGAAAGACGAACUCAAGGAUUCACAGAGCGCUCGUUUUCAUAUUCUCUUCAUUUUCCUCGUUGGGUCCAUGUUUUCAUUUUCCGUCUCGGUGCUUUUCUUCUACCACAUGUACCUCGUCUUUUACAACAUGACUACUCUUGAAAGCUUCCGCCCGCCAGUAUUCGUCAAUGGAAUGGUCGACAAGCGCGCUUACAACCUUGGAAGGCGAAAAACUUCGAAGAAGUCUUUGGGACGAACCCGAAGUUGUGGAUGUUUCCUGUUUUCACUUCGCUCGGCGACGGCCAUGUUUUCCCUCUCAGAUCUCAACGAGAAAGAGACCUGGAGCGAAAUUACAAUCACAUUUCUUCAAGUUCUGAAUCCGAGUUCGUCUAAAAUGAGCAAUUUAUAG